CGGCUGGGCAACAGCCUGCAAAUGCCAAAACGGCAGAUGACGUAGGACAAGCCGGGCCCGCGCUGCACUUGGGUCGAGACUCGUCCCGGACGACCCCCGUCUCACGCGCGCCUCUCGUGCGCUCCGCAUUCUUGUGUCCUCCCUCUCCCGCCCGUCGCUUCUUGCGUGGCCCUCCCGAGCAUGCCAUACUCACCUCGACGAUGCGCUUCGGCCUCAUCUUCGCCGCUCUCGCGGUCGCUACUCUGCGCCAUCCGGUAGUCGACGCAUCGACCAACGACACCAUCUCCGUCCAACUAUUUGCCGAGCUCGAGGAGCUUGCUCGUAUCGUCGACAUUUCUUACUGCGUGGGCUUGACCGGCCUGGGCAUCAAGAAACCCUUCAGAUGCCCCAGCCGAUGCGCCGAGUUUAGGAACUUUGAGCUUGUCACCUCUUGGAACACAGGUCCGCUCCUCUCCGACUCGUGUGGCUAUAUCGCCCUGUCGCAUCCCCCCUCGGAUCCUCGAAUCAUCCUGGCUUUCCGCGGCACCUACUCAAUUGCAAACACCAUCAUCGACCUUUCCACUAUUCCCCAAGAGUACGUUCCGUAUCCUGGAGAGGAUAAAGGCCAUGGCGAUGAUGCACCGGACGCAAAACCGCCCAAGUGUAACAACUGCACCGUCCAUACGGGCUUUCACACUUCCUGGAUAAACACGCGCGACAAGAUAUUGUCCGCUGUCAACGAAACUAUUACUGCCCACCCCGAUUACAAACUCACCCUGGUGGGCCACUCUCUAGGCGGCGCAGUGGCUACACUUGCCGCACUAGACUUCAAAGCUCGCGGCUGGGACCCUCACGUAACCACAUUUGGAGAACCGCGCCUUGGAAACGACCAUCUAGUUCGUUAUAUUGAUGAACGUUUCGAGCUAGGUGAGAAUACGAACGUUACCACGAGCAAGUUCCGGCGAGUCACUCACGUUGGCGAUCCUGUGCCGCUGUUGCCUCUGAAAGAAUGGGGAUAUCAAAUGCAUGGCGGGGAGGUCUUUAUUGGGAAACCAGACUUACCAGCUAGCGUGGCUGACAUCCACCACUGCUCGCGCGACGAGGAUCCGAGUUGCAUUGCUGGCGACGAUCCUUCGGCAUGGGUCCCUAUGCGGUUCAGGCUCUGGCAGCUGUUUUGGGCUCACCGGGAUUACUUUUGGAGACUAGGCCUGUGUGUCCCUGGAGGAGACCCGUGGGAUUGGAAGGGCAGGUAUCCUGGCCUUGGGAACGACGAUACGGACGAGGAUGAGCUUUGAAGCAGGUUUCUUUGGGGGCAGGCUGGCGAACGUAGGGCUCUCUUCUUUCAGCGAGGCGUCGGGUUGGAGUCGGUCUUUUUUACGCCCUGAUGAGUUGUACGUAGU